UUGUUCUACUUUGACAAAACACAUUUCGUUUUUGCCUUCGAGCUCUCCGAUGACAUUAGGCACUCGAUUUCUCGAUAUCUGUGUCCGAAAGGCUGGAGGCUGUAAUCGCCAACCUGCGACGAAGCAAUCAAAUUUCUCAACUAUGCCGACGUCCGUAAACGAUGGCAUCUAUAGAAUGCAUCCGGAAACGGCGCUCAAGGCAAUACGCACUGUCAAUUCGCUUCGCCAACAUUCCAUUAGGCCAAAGCUCUAUGACAUGUUUCUCAGCACAAAAAUUGUCGACCUCGUUCGCGACUGGCAGGGAUACCAUCGAUAUGGUUUGAAACACGACGAUUUAUGGAACGAUUUUCCCUAUGUACAAGAAGCGUGUCUUCGUUUGCCUAGACAAGAACUGAUUGAUAGAACCAACCGCAUCAGGGAAGCAUACGUGGCUAACUCUCAACUUCGAUUCCUACCAAAGGAAGAGUGGCUCAAACCCGAAGAGGAUUGCCCCUAUCUUCAGCCAUACAUUAUAGAAGUCCAAAAUGAAUGGAACGACCGUAAGGCCUUCCGCAGCCGCAUGCCCAGCACGCUCAACCAGCUGCUCAAAAUUGUCAAAAAUUAGCGGUACACAUUUUUCGAUUUGAUACAAGACUGCCGUUCGGCUAAGAAAUAAAUUUUUUUUUCGCGUUCUCAUGACAAAAAUGGGUUAGAGCCGGACGGUGCGUUCUGGAUCCGCGCUUUCCUGCAUGAGUGAAGAAGAAUUAUUUUAAAAUUACUGAUUACUGGCUGAAAUUGGCUGCUAAAGGAACAAACUUGCCCUGGUAGUUCUUAAGUGCCUCGGACAAAGUGCAUCUCUUAUCGCAGCCUCCC